UUUUAUUUGAUAGGUAUAUUUUUUUAGUUUAUGAAUUGAAAGAAAAAAGUUGAAAAAAUUUAACAUAACUAAAGAUAUAAAUUUUAUAUUAAAUUAAAAUUAUUAAAAUGGAGUGCGUUUAAAAAAUUUUAGGGUGUAAAUAAAAUUUCUCUAUAAUAAUUAAAAACAAACAAGUUGUAGUUUUGACAUACAUGCUACGUAACUAUACAAUAUUCCCACUGGGCCUCUAUAUAAUGACAGGAGAAACAAGCUUAUUACUUAGCCUAGUUAGCUUUCUCUAGCUUAACUCUAAAAUGGAAACUGCAUCAUCAAUUGAUUCUCUUUCUCCCCAAGGUUAUGCACCCAAUUUUUCUAAUAAUGAAAUUAAUCAUGAGAUCACAGACACCAAUACCAAUACUCCUAAUAAAUUUUAUAGUAAUAUUAAUGCCCAAACUGAAAUAAGUAAUGUUGAUGAACUUCCCACCAUUGACUACUCUCUCCUCUUCUCUACCGAUCCUAAUAUACAACCCAAAGCACUCAAUUACCUCUCUAGUGCCUGUCACCACUAUGGUUUCUUCUACCUGGUAAAUCAUGGGGUUCCUGAAUACGUUUUGAAGAGUGUUUUAAAAGAAACAUCUGAUUUCUAUGAUGGAACACUGAUAGAGGAGCGUAGGCAGUACGAGAGAAAGAGUUGCAGUGAUAAGAUCCGAUGGGAACUACGGUCAUCAUCUGGUGAGAACAGGGAAUAUCUCAAGAUUGUUACACAUCCCCACUACCAUUCCCCUUCUAACCAACCCACUUUAAGUAAAGCUUUGGAAGAGUAUAAGAAAAGAAUGCGAGAAGUGGUACAUGGUUUAGGAAAAGCCAUAUCGAAAACACUAGGAAUGGAAGAAUCAUUCAUUGAAAAAGCAUUUAAGCUUGAGUCAGGGUUUGAUGUGGUUGCCCUCAAUUAUUACCCUCCAAACUUUAAAUCCAAAGGUUCAAUGGGAUUGCCUGAUCAUACCGAUCCAGGAUUCUUUGUUUCCCUAAUCCAAGAUGUCAAUGGAGGGCUUCAAAUUCUAUCCCAUCAAGGCAAACGCAUCAACAUAAAUUAUAUGCCUUCCAAUGCUAUUUUGAUUAAUAUUGGAGAUCAUCUUGAGAUUGUAAGUAAUGGAAAGUACAAGAGCCAUGUUCAUAGAGUUGUGGUAGGCAACAACAAAGUGAAGAGGAUAUCUGUGGCGACACUUCACGGACCAUCGUUGGAUGCGUUUGUGAAACCUGUGUCUGAUUUCGUGGACGACGACGAUCACCCAUCCAAGUACGAUGGAGCCACAUACAAGCAGUCCUUGGAAGCCACUGGUUAUGAUGAGGUUGAUGUUCAAUCUAGUAUUCAACAUUUUCGAACCAAUAAUUAUUAAUUUAUAAUAAUGAUCAGUUGUCAUGGUUGGUUACUGAUGAUCGUCAUUCGUGAUGAUCAUAUAUAAUUAAUUUAUUCUCGUAUGUAUUUGAGAGAAGGGAUCUAAGGGUGAAGAUUUGUGUGGCUUUUAUAUUACUUAAGUGUGAAAUAAUGAUAGUUUUAUAGUGUGUGGGAAUAUGGCAAUGUGCCACAUGCAUGGUUUGGAGGCUCGGGAUGAAUGUAUAAUAAAAGUCUUUUUAAUUAAACUUAUUGUAUUUUAAUAAAUAAAUAAACAAGAAUAUCAAAUUUGUGUUAAAAUUUAGUUGUGAAAUUAUUCUACAUACUAUUUAUUUAAUUUUUUUUUUCUUUAUUUAUGGUUUGAGUUGUUCCUGUGAUUUUUAUGUAGGUUGUUUUAUAAAUUUUAGUUGCGAUUUAGAUUGCUCCGAUAGCAACGGAUUUUUAUGUAGAUUUUCAUAAAAGUAAAAAAAAAAAACUAUUUUGAAGUUUAAUUACUAUGUUACUAUAGAAAUCUUCAAUACAUAGUUUUUUUUAGUUGGAAAGAUGAGAUGCGGUGAAAAGUGAGUUAGCUUACUUACAGCUAAGAUUCACUGAGUAUUAUUUAUAUAUGAUAAAAUUAAUACAAUAAAGGUUACAACAGAAAGUUGUUACAAGAAGAUAAAGAAGUUGAUAUGAUGUCAGCAAAUAACUAACUUCUAACUACUCAAUACAGCUGAA